UGGCUUAAUUAAGGCCCAUAAGGCACGGUGCUUACGGACACGUGUGGGCAAGUGAGUGGAGAGAGAGGAGAGGUGGCUUCGUCACUCUUCGUGAACUCUCCCAUGGCGGUAACAAAAACCCACUGGAAGAGAACAACAGCGACGACGCCUCCGAAAAGAAAACGACGCCGUAUUACCCGAAACGAGGACAAACGAUGGAGCACGUCUGCGAGAGUUUGGGGUUCAAAGGCAAAGUAAUCUGCAAAGUUCACGGCACAGGCUUCGUCGUCAUGUGCGGCUGUGCUCUUCCCGGCGAGCGUUUCCUCGGCCGCAGCACUCGCCGCAAAGGCAGCUACGCCGAGGUGACAAAGAUCAAGACUUUAACUCCACACCGUGACUUAGUAGAAACUCUGUGUGAGUAUGCUUCCUACUGUGGUGGCUGCAAAGCUCAGAACCUCUCCUACGAAGCUCGGCUUAGAGCUAAAGAGGAACAAGUUCAUGAGCUUAUCACGCAUGUCGGAAGGUUCUCUGAUAACAGUCCUGGUCUCGAGACGGUCUUGAAGGCUAUUGUUCCCUGUGAUAUCCAGUUUUGAUUUGCUCUGUGGAGAGAGACAUGAGGAAGCUUCAUCGAUACAAUUGCAAUAGAGGUUUGUUUUACUAAUUCUUCUGAUGCUGUUGCUUCUGUAGAUUAAUAUAGGUUUGCCAAACAGGUUUGUCAUAUAUCUUUGAUCUUUAUGAUGUUCAUAGGAUUGUGGUUGGUUUCGAAUUGAUUGUGAAUCUCAUCUGAAAUGCAUUUAUUGUGAA